AUGGGCUCAGACGGGAAGACGGAAGCCGUAUCCUUACGGCUUGAUGAAGAAUCAAGGGAGGCAUCAGAGGCAUCCACCUUGCCAUCAACGCCCGAACAACCGUCGCCAGCCUCCACCUCUGCCAGCACCGCAGCACCAGCCGGCGAGGGGGAGGGCGGGAGAAUGAGCAGGACACGCCGACCUAAGCGGGGGCGCCGUGCAGCUGCCGCCGAGUCUCGCCAGCAGGGGUUGUCCCUGGGGAUUGCCAACGCUUACUCCAACGGCGUCCGUUUCAUGACUGCACCCGCGAUUGUGAUGCAGUUUUCAAGUCUUGCAGUUGCCUCCGGAGGGAUGUGCCUAGUGGUGUCAGUGUUCUCGGGGUCAGCUCUGGUCUUCCUCGCAGUGAUCGCGAUAGGUGUUUGCGGCAUGUGCUACAGCGUUCGACAACGGGGAGCGCUCGAGUACCUUCCCAGCGGCGUGACGGAGCUCUUAACGCGAACCACGCUACUGGAGUUCCUGACCGACACGAGUGUAUUCGAUGCGAUCAAGACCUACCUGGUGUUCAUGAUGGGCCUCAGCGAAGACGAGACGCAAGGAGUGCUUGCCUCCUUGCCGGAGGACAUGCAGUACACGCUCACUCGUCCGGGGAUAAUGCACACCCUCCCCCGACCCUUCCAAGACCUCCUGCUUCCACCAAACGCAAGAGCGGGGGUACUGAUAGGCGCACCGGAUGGGCGAGAGGUUAUCGGGCCUAGGCGACGCCACCGGGGGGUGGAAACCCAAGGACUUGCGGAAGCAGGGGGUGCUGCUGCCUCACGGGCAAAUGAAGGAGGUCAGCAGCAGCAUCAGCAGCAGCAGCGGCAUAGAGAUGGAGAAGAGGGGGGAGCCCCGGUGUUGGGGCAGCUCGUGUGGAACCCGUUGCCCGCAAGCCUUGGGCAAGAAACGACGAAUGGUGAAGAACAAGAGGGAGAAGGAGAAGAACAUGUUUUCCCUCAAGAAGAAGAGCUCGACCGGGCUGGCGGCGAUGCCAGCAGCAGCGUUGACUCGGAGGAGGAGAGGGGCAGGAGCGCUAGCCGCCACGCGGACGAUGGCGGGAGGGCAAGAAGGAACGGUGUUGACGAUGACGGUCGCGACGAUAACGCCACCCGCCGGCGACCGUGGGAAGCAGAGGCUUACCCUCCUCAUGCGUCCCGCUCGCUGUCACCAGCGGCCGUGCGCAACCGCGCGGCUACGGACGUGGCAGAGGCAGACGGAGCGCGGUCGUCUAGACGGGUGUCGUCGGCUCUGCCGAUACCGGCCAGGAGACUUGGGACCGCCGGAUGGUUCGGAAGGACACACGCCAAUGGCAGUGGAAACCCCCCCGGGCCGGCGGCGACGACGGCGGGCGGUAUGGUGCCUAGCGCGGAAAGGCUUGUGGCUUCAAUUUUGCAGCGCCGUGUGGACGGUGCCGUCAGAACGGCGUGGAACGCGGUGGACGAGCAGGGCGUGAGGCGUGCAGCGCUCGGCUCUGGGAUUGCGCUCGCGGCCCACGUGGCUUUUUCCGAGAGGGCUAGGCGGCAGGCCGGGUCGAUGCUUCGAGGGAGCCUCUUGGCCGCCCUUGCCGGUACCGCGACGGUUUGCGCCAGCCUCGCGUACCUCAAGCCGGGAGAAGGUGGGCGUGAACGGACCGCUAGCAGCAGCGCCUCCUCCGACAGCGAUGCGCAAGUGGAGGCAGAAGAGGAAGAGCCGGGUGCUGAUGUUGUUGAUCCCUCCCCUACCCAGGGUCCCCGUCGGGAAAGGGGGCAAGACACGUUGUCGCGAAUACGGGGGUUUCGGGACGGCCUGCAACGGUGGAUGACGGGGGUUUCCCCGACCACGAGAAACAUGGUCCACCUUCUGAGCAUGAUCUGCCUUCUGCUCGCUGUGCGCAAGUGGCAGUUGCUGAGGCGUGCAGCUCGUCGAGCGAUGAUGCCCCGGACUAUGUACGGCGCGACACUACCAUCGUGA